CGGGUCACAUGAACGGUUGUCGUACAGCUCAGCCGCUGACUUUUAUAGUUGGUACCUUUACCUGCCACAUUUCUUCAUCGAUCGCGCAAACCAAAGAAGCAUCACCAGAUUCACGGUUCACAACCCAAAACCAAAUCCAUGGGAUGUUCCAGCGAUUUCUCAGAGCAGCAGCAGCCGCCGCUCAUGGGGAUCGCCAAGGUCGACCUCCGUGGACUGGAGCCCGGAGGGGCCGGGUGGGGUGAGGCCCGGGCCGCGGUGACCGCGUCCAUGGUGGCGCACGGCUUCGUCGUCGUCAGGCACGACGCGCUGGGCCCGGAGCUCCGGUGGGCGCUGUUCGGCCGCGCCAUGCCGGAGAUCUUCGCGCUGCCGCUGGAGGCCAAGCAGCGGAACGCCUCCACCCUGGGCCCCUUCAGAGGCUACAUCCACAACCUGCCCGGCAUGAACUGGGAGAGCCUGCGCCUCUCGGACGUCAACGUCGCCGGCAGCGUCCGCGACUUCACCGACACUUUCUGGCCGGAGGGCAACCCGGCCUUCUGUGACACGCUGGAGACGGUGGGCAAGGAGAUGCUGGAGCUGGAGCGGACGGUGGCCACGAUGGUCCUGGAGGGCCUCGGCGUCAAGCAGGAGGAGCUCAUCGGCGACCACUUCGACGCGCUCGGCUACGGGGUCCGGCUGUCGCGCUACGGGCUGCCGCCGGACACGGAGACCAGCAUGUCCAUGCAGGCGCACCGCGACGACAGCAUGAUCACCAUCAUCGUGCAGCACGAGGUGGAAGGCCUCGAGGUGCAGGCCAAGGACGGGACCUGGCUCGCUGUGCCGCCCGAGCCCGGCACCUUCGCCUUCGUCGCCGGCGAGAUGUUCGCGGUUGUGACCAAUGGGAGGGUGCCGCCGUGCGUACACCGUGUCAGGACGCCGAGCAACCGUGAGAGGCUCUCGAUGUUGUUCGGCUGCCGGGGGAAGGACGGCGUGGUCCUGAGCGCCAUGGACGACCUCGUCGACGGAGACCACCCGCUGGCGUACAAUCCUGUCAAGAACGACGAGUACGCCAAGUUCCGGCACUCCGAGGAAGGGCGCAAAACAGCUGAUCCAUUGAAGGCUUUCUGCUGGGUGAAGAAGGAUGGAUUACCCACGGAAUGAUUGAUCCAAGUCACAGUUGGUGCUACUGAAUUUUACUCCGAUUGCUGGGCGUCUUUCGAAACAUUUUCUGUAAAUUUAACGUCUCGUUUAAGUUUUCUCUUGGUCAAGAACCGCAGAAAUCCCUAGUGAAAACAUUCUGAUUUUACACGACACAAACUGCAACAGACAGGGAUGAAUUUCACAA